GGGAGAUGAGUUCUAUUUUCACAACGAUGUUCCUUGAAAACAGAAAUUGAAAACAGUUUUGAGUUUUCCAAGCUCCGGAGUUUCCUUGAAAUUCUCUUGUAUCCUCUUCAAGCUUCUCUGUGGUUUCAACCUCAAGCGCUGCAUCGUCUCCGCUCCUCUUUCCUUGCGCUGUCCUCGAUCUCCGCCAUUUCGUUCGGUUUCUUGGAAGCAAGCGUUAUGGAACCGGAGGUGGUGAACUCGGAGAUGGCGCUGCUCGCCGUUCUGCCUUUCAAGAGGAUCCAGAUGUCCGAUAAGUACCCUAAAGCCCAAUCGCGUGGUCGCCAUUGGAAGCAUCUGAAGCAGAUCCUGCAGGCUGAGAACUUCCUGGAAAAUGAACCCAACUAUUUAAGCAUAGAGUCGCCACCAUCCAUGUACCCACCAAAGAAAUUUUGUGAUGUCACUGGAUUCAAGGCACCAUAUGUUGACCCAAGAACCAGCCUCCGAUAUGCAAGUCCAGAUGUUCUCAAGUGCAUCAGAUACCUUCCUAAUGAAUAUGUUCAGAGAUAUCUAUCCUUGAGGAAUGCAGCCAUUGUAUUGAAGUAAACCAAAGAAGGAUAUAUACUGCCAUCUUGAGCAUGGUAUUAAAGUGAAAACUCAAGACUUUUGGACCAGGUACCUGCAGCAUCGUCUUUGUUUCUAAGAAACCAAAACCAACAUGAUCAUGAUCACUCUGUUGUCUUUUGUUCUAAUUGUAUAUAGUUUGUCUGCUAUGUUUUGUAGCUUUAUUUCAGUUUGCUUAGCUCCUUUGUCAAAACAAGAAUAUAUAUAUAUAUAUAUAUAUAUAUAUAUUCACUAAUGUUUCCUCUCUAGUGUGAUGAAAGCAGGUUUUGAGAUUCUGUUUUGUAUA